AUGGCCACACCAGACUCCAUGCGACGACUGCUCGCAGCGGCAAGGAACGGUCGAGUCCCCGUCCUGUGGAGCAAGAUCGAGUACUCGAGCCCCGACAUGGCCGAUGCCGGGCUGUGGUGGCGAAAAGCGAACCUGUUAGACGUCUGGCUUAAAGGCGAUCCUAGAGGCUUCGACUAG